AUGGGGCUGGAGUCCAACCAGGGAACGGAGAGGGAGGAAGGUGAGGGUCGCAGGACCCUGCAGCGGAGGCCUGGCAUCUUCUUCUUUGACACCCAGGCCGCUGGGGGGGUUGAGCGGAAAGAGGACUUGACCCCGGCCCCCAAGGUGAGCCCCCGCGCCCCUCCUGCUGUUCCCGGGGGAGCCGGUCCAGCGCCGGGGUCUUCCCUCUCCUGCUCGCGCGCACCCCCUGCCGGGCGCGCCCUGACACUGCCUCUCCGCCUACCACCAGAGCGCUCGGGCCCGGGCGGCGGGGCGUGCGAGCCGCGGGGCGGAGAGCCGAGCUCGGGGCCGGUGCGGCGCGAGCUCAAGCAGUUCCUGGGCUGGCUCAAGAAGCACGCGUACUGCUCCAACCUCAGCUUCCGCCUCUACGACCAGUGGCGUGCCUGGAUGCAGAAGUCGCACAAAACCCGCAACCAGGACGAGGGGAUCCUGCCCUCGGGCAGACGGGGCACGGCGAGAGGUCCUGCCAGAUAAGCUCUAGGGGCACAGGCCACCCUCCCUGCCACAUGGAGACGCAGAGGCCGAACCCAAACUGGGGCCACCUCUGUACCCUCACUUCAGGGCACCUGAGCCACCCUCAGCAGGAGCUGGGGUGGCUACUGAGCUCCAACGGCCAUAACAGCUCUGACUCCCACGUGAGGCCACCUUUGGGUGCACCCCAGUGGGUGUGUGUGUGUGUGAGGGUUGGUUGAGUUGCCUAGAACCCCUGCCAGGGCUGGGGGUGAGAAGGGGAGUCAUUACUCCCCGCUACCUAGGGCCCCUCCAAAAGAGUCCUUUUAAAUAAAUGAGCUAUUUAGGUGCUGUGA